AUGGACCACGACCCAACGGACCCGGCCGGCGCGCCGCCUCUGGGAAAGCUGCAAUCGGACAAAUAUAAAGGAGGGCUUGGAGCUCCAUCGAAUUCAUUCAGGCUUGAUGAGGGGUAUUCCGAUGAGACCAAAAGCGAAGCGGGCAAUGACGGGCCUUUGGGGAAUGGAUUCGCACUCCCUCCAUGGUUACUCUCCCAUACGGAGCCUGUCAGAGCAGAUCUGGCUUUCGCCCUUCUAAGCACCCUGCGGACCUCUACAAUCGCGAACAUCGUCGAGAGACUCACUCCGCUUCUUCAUAUGGACCCGGUGCAAAAACUCCCCCCGGAAAUAACCGCCGAGAUAUUCUCGUAUCUCGAUCCAACCACCUUACUUACUGCUUCUCUUGCCUCCAGAGCUUGGAGAGACAGAAUCCAGGACUCGCUGCUAUGGAGAAAGCUAUAUUUACAGGAAGGGUGGAAAGUGAACAUGGAGGAAGUCCGAACUUUCCAACGACAACGCGCCGAGUCGAUGCAAUCGGCCUUGAGAAAAGUCCGGAUGAGGCGAUCGGAUACGGAGUUUGGGCAGCCGCUCCAGAAGAGACGAGUUUUACCAGGUCGCACCAAUUCGACUGGCUCGAGUGUGAGUAUGGUGGAAGGCGAUGCGUCGAAUUCUGCGAUGUGCCGUCCUGCCGAUGCCGGGGGGGACUAUGAAAUGCAGGACGUUGGUAAUAUCGAUAACUCCGCGGGGUGUCCCCCACUUGAUCGAGAUUUACCGUUAACCCCUUACAAAGAAGCGUUUUUAUCCCCAGCUUUGUGUGCAGACGACCCCACAAGACUGAAUUGGGUAUAUUUGUACAGGCAACGGCGUAUAUUGGAAGAUAACUGGCUCAAUGGUCGCUUUAAGAACUUCCAGCUACCACAUCCGCUAUACCCUUGGGAAGCCCAUCGUGAAUGUAUCUACGCAAUCCAAUUCAGCGGAAACUGGCUGGUGAGUAGCAGUCGAGACAGGACUAUAAGAAUUUGGAAUCUAGAAACAAGAAGGCUCAGAUAUCCUCCUCUGCUGGGACACAAAGGCUCAGUGCUUUGCUUGCAGUUUGACGCCAGCGAAGAAGAGGAUAUCAUUAUCUCUGGUAGCAGUGACCGAAAUGUGAUCAUUUGGCGUUUCUCUACUGGAGAAAAAUUGCAAGUCCUGAGCAACGCACAUCUUGAUUCUGUGCUAAGUUUGCGUUUUGACAAACGAUAUUUGGUAACCUGCUCAAAAGACAAACUUAUUAAGGUUUGGAACCGCCAGGAGUUGAGUCCUUCGGAUGAGGAUUAUCCCAAAUAUUUCACGGGCGUCGGGGUGCGGUAUCCGCCUUAUAUCGUGGAUACCUCGAGCAUGUCUCCGUCGACCCUAGAGGCCCAAAUUGCAAAUGAACACAUCAAGAGUCUACAGCCAUACUCCUUGCUGAUGACGCUUGACGGACAUGGAGCUGCGGUAAAUUCGAUUCAGAUCGACAAGAACGAGAUCGUUUCAGCGUCCGGGGACCGCCUUAUCAAAGUAUGGGAUAUUCACAGCGGGUCUUGCUUGAAAACCCUGGUUGGUCACCAAAAGGGAAUCGCGUGCGUUCAGUUUGACAGUAAACGAAUAAUAAGUGGCAGCAAUGACCUUACUGUGCGGAUAUACGAUCAUGCUUCCGGUGCAGAAGUAGCCUGUCUCCUGGCUCAUGAGGACCUUGUCAGAACUCUUCAAGCAGGAUUUGGCGAUCCCCCUGGCUCUGAAGAGACAAUGAGGCUGGAAGCCAUGGCAGUUGACCAUGAUUACUGGGAAGCUCAACGUCGUGGUGAUAUUCGUCAUGAAACUGGUCGACGGCGGGUUAGCCGGAUGCGAAGCACAGGGUCAAGACGGCCACAAGACAUCAUGGCUUUGGGGGCGAAGAUUCCCCCGGGAGGUGGUGGGAGUAGGUGGGCCCGAAUCGUGUCUGGCUCUUACGACGAAACAAUUAUCAUCUGGAAAAGAGAUAAAGAAGGUAAAUGGGUAGUUGGACAACGAUUGCGACAAACAGAUGCAGCGCGAGCAUCGUCCGCCAUUGACGAUUCUAUGGCUACCGAGUUCCUCACUCAAACCUUUGGAGCGAACUUACCGGGAAUCCAUAGGCACCUUCAGGCCGCAACUCAUCAUCCCCAAAGUAAUGCUUUCGCUGGUCCUUCACAGAGCGCCGCCGCUGUUGCUCCCUCCUCAGCACAAGCUGGUGCCAGUUCAUCGAUACCUCAACCGAGCAUCACUGCCCAAAAUGCCUUUGCCAAUCAGCUACUACAACCACACUCCCAACCUCAGUCGUCUGCCCAAGUUUCGCCAAAUGCCCAACAAGCUCCCAUCCCGAUUCCACAAAAUCAGGCCACGCAAAUCCCAACUACUGGCCAAGUACAACCAACAGCUCUACAACCACAGCCUCAUCAACCUCAACCUCAACCUCAACAUCCCGCCCUCCAACCCCCGGUUGGUCCGCACCCUACCGCCCCUACACAGACCAAUAAUCCGGGGCAAGUUCCCCCCCACCAUCAUGCAACUGCACGGAUUUUUAAGCUACAAUUCGACGCGCGAAAAUUAAUUUGCGCAAGCCAGGACCAUGUCAUUGUCGGAUGGGACUUUGCAAAUGGCGACAAAUACCUAGAGGAGGUGUGUCGAUUCUUCGAGAGCCUGUGA